CCACCAACAGAAGAAAAACAUCACGUCAUCAGACAUGUCAGAAUAAUGUAAUUAUUUUUCUUUUUUCUUACCAAAUUAUUGUUUUGAUCACACUUAGUUUUAUAGUCCAGACGGGUUACUUUUAAUAAAUAUGCAGGGCAGGAGAAAAAUAAGAUGUGAUGGAAAAUAAACAAUCACCAUCGAAGACGAAAUUGAUAUCCAUCCACGAAGAGAAGUUAAUACGAAAAGUCGAUUACGAUUCUAUAGUCGGUCCAACGCGCCUGCCCAAAAAGGAACUUCUUCUUGACCUGGAAAUCCUCAAAAAGAAUACAACCCAUCGUCAAUCUUCACAAAGAGUACUCGUUUCUAUAAAGCCAAGGGCUCCUGCCAUUAAAACGAUAUACAUAGCUGAGAAGUGUCGCUUUAAUCCAAAGAAGUGCUCCGAAAAAUCACGUUCAAGACUAGCUAUCGGCGACCAUUCGUCUUUUACAACUCAUUGCAGUGAAAAUGAGUCUAACCUUAUAACAUACUCGAACGAAUGUGGAACACAAUACGAAGAUUCAAAAAGCAAAACUGUAAAAGAAAGUGUGUCGUCAAUCAUAAUUCAGGUAGAAAACACUGCACUUGCAUCAAAAUGUUCGCAAAUUAAUCGCCCUUUACGCAAUGUAAAUGUAUUUAACACAAAAAGGCAGUCGGGCGAAAAAUGCUAUAUUUAUUCUCAAAGACAAAUAAAUAUGAACCCUUAUAAAGUAACCGCAAACAGGAGAACCAGUCCUAAUAAAGUAGAUAUCGCUACAUUAAUUGUUACGAAUACAUCGUCUGAAGACAUUGUACCAUCUACGGCUAAAACAUUAACCAGGUUAAACAAAAGAAUAGAUCAUUUGGAGCGAAAAAUUCAGAGACAAGAAAUGGUGUUCCGUUCAAUCGAUCCUAAUAUACCUCUGUCUUCGUCAGAUGAGGAAACCAAAGAGAAUAUCAUGAGAAGUACGUCAGCGUCCGGCAGACCCGGUUGUAGCUACAUAGAACAUUACAGCCACGUUCCAGAAACAUCAGCGUUCCAACGUUACGCUCAGCAAGCUCCACCUCUCUCACCCAGUAAAGCCACCACUCUCGAAAAAGAACACAACUCCGAGCAGUAUGGGCGUGAUUUCACAACCUAUGAUGGUAUUACGGCUCGCGGCCGACGUCAGUGUGCCUCCGUGCCGUGUAAACGUGACGAGGUGCCGAAACUAGCAGCUGAAAGAGUACAUAAAAUAAGGCACAAACUCAAUCCAGUUCGCGAUUACCGUUUGAUGGACACUGUCCAUUAUCUGGCUCAAGGCGAAUUCGCUCCGCGUGAUGAUGGCAUAAAGCUAACUCCAUCUAGGGAAGCAGUUCUCAGUGACAUAAUAUGGGAAGAUGUCUGUCGAACUCAUUGGCCAAACGCACGACUUGGACGUCGAGGACAUCCUGAGAGGUGCAAUGAUAGAGGCACUACGAGAGGCGAACUUCAGCGAUUAAUUGAUAGUUUACUGCGAGAGCGAGUUGCUCAUGUCGAGAGAAGAAGGCGACGUCAUUAUAGAAUUGUAAAGUUGAACCAUCGACAUGAAAGUUGUAGACCAAUGGGCAAGACCGGGGAUAUCAUUGUAGCAAGUCAUAAAAAUAGACAGACCAGCGAUGAUGUGGUUGUAAGUGAUCAAAAUACAGAUGCAAUGGUAGCGAUGAACAGAAGACGCGGUGAAAUGAGUCCUCGUAGGACCCCGAGAAGUUUCGAUAGAUUGAUGGCAGCGGAUGUACGGCAAAAACAUCGUAUUCGCCAAGAAGAGUGCCGCCCGGGACCAAGUUGCGCUGUCAGAGCACCAACAACAAGGGAACAAACUUGUUGCUUUCAAACUUCUAACACUACCAAACCAGAAACUAGCGUGGCGUUGAUGCAGCAGCCUCAGCAACGUAUCCCCAACCAGGAUGUAACGAGCGGCAGCAGUUUAUCUACCUGUAAACCUCAAGCCAAAAAUCCAAGAUUAGUUGUCAAAAAAGAAACAUCUCGUCGCAAACAUAAUUCCCGUGAAGAACCGAAUCUUGAACAUUACAUACUCUUGCCAACAUUAGUCGUCCGGACGCCUUCCAAUAUGAAGAGGCAGAAGAAGUUUAAUGAACUUUAUCAUCGUAUAUUAAACAAUGCUGAAAAUUGUCCAGCGUAUCCAGUAGCGGUCGACCAAAAUAAAAAUCUAAACCCAAAUAAAAAAGACAUUGGAUUCAACAUUAGCAUCACCCUUUCAAACAGUGCCGAAGACCUCAGUAAAUGAAGAUCAUCGUCUCAACUGUAGUUCCUUAUAUUAAAUUCUUAUUAUGUAGCUUUAUUGAAUUAUAGUAAGCCAGAAUUUCA